AUGUCUCCCUUCGCACCUCUCCAGCAAUUCUACCUUCCGGAUCUACUGGCGGUCGUCCCUCUUCAAGGCAGCACCAACCCUCACUACGACAAGGUCUCCAUCGAGUCGUCCGCCUGGGUCAGCAGCUACAACCUCUUCACGAACCGGAAACGCCUCUACUUCGUCUUGGGUAGCAAUGAACUCCUUGUCUCGCACACGUAUCCUUAUGCCGAUCGCGACCAAUUCCGGACAUGCUGCGACUUCGUCAACCUCCUCUUCGUCAUAGACGAAGUGAGCGACGAGCAGAACGGCUCCGACGCCCGCCAAACCGGACUGACCUAUGUCAAUGUUAUGAAAGACCCGAGCUGGGACGAUGGGUCCGCGCUAGCCAAGAUGACGAGAGAUUUCCGACAACGUUUCAUGCGCCAUGCCGGCCCUGGAUGCCUGCGCAGAUUCCUGAAGCACUCUGAGGACUACGUUGAGGCUGUCGCGAAAGAGGCUGAAUACCGGGAGCGUGGUGAAGUCCUUGGGAGGGAUGCAUUCCGCGACCUCCGCAGGGAGAACAGCGCAGUCCGCCUCUGUUUCGGACUUUUCGAGUUCUGCCUCGGUAUCGAUUUGCCCGACGAAGUCUUCGAAGACCACACUUUCAUGAGCUUAUACUGGGCCGCUUGUGACAUGGUUUGCUGGUCAAACGACGUCUACUCGUACAAUAUGGAACAAGCCAAGGGCAUUGGUGGCAAUAACAUCGUCACGGUGCUCAUGCAGGCCAAAAACUUCACGCUCCAAGAAGCGUCCGAUUACAUCGGCAAGUACUUCACGGACUUGAUGCAGCGGUUCGAAGCGGACAAGAAGCGCCUCCCUUCUUGGGGCCCCGAGGUCGAUGAGGCCGUCGCGGGUUACGUGAGAGGGAUGGAGAACUGGAUCAUUGGUAACCUCGAAUGGAGUUUCGAGACUCAGAGGUACUUCGGCGCCAAUCACGCUGAGGUCAAGCACACACGCCUGAUCACUCUGCUGCCGCGGGAAGAUUGA